AUAACGACAUACAAGAUACUGCGGGGAAUAGACAAGGUGGACAGAGAUAGGAUGUUCCAGAGAGGGGACACAGGGACAAGGGGUCACAACUGGAAGCUGAAGACUCAGACGAGUCACAGGGACGUUAGGAAGUAUUUCUUCAAUCAUAGAGUUGUCAGCAAGUGGAAUAGCCUAGCAAGUGAAGUAGUGGAGGCAGGAACCAUACAUAGUUUUAAGAAGAGGUAUGACAAAGCUCAGGAAGCAGAGAGAGAGAGGAUCCAGUAGCGAUCAGUGAAGAGGCGGGGCCAGGAGCUGAGUCUCGACCCCUACAACCACAAUUAGGUGAGUACAAUUAGGUGAGUACACACACACCUACACACGCGCGCACACAUACACGCUUGCACACACCAACACGCGCGCGCACACUCCUACAUACGCAUGCACACACCUACAUAUGCACGCGCACACCUACUCAUGCACGCACCUACACGCAACAGCACGCCUACACACGCACGCACACCUAAACACAAGCUCACCUAAACACACGCACACACCCACACCUAAACACACACACACACAAAGACGGGAUGUUCCAGAGAAGGGACACAAACACAAGAGGUCACAAUUGGAAGUUGAAGACUCAGAUGAAUCAAAGGGAUGUUAGGAAGUAUUUCUUCAGUCAUAGAGUAGUCAGGCCGUGGAAUAGCCUAGAAAGUGACGUAGUGGAGGCGGGAACCAUACAUAGUUUUAAGGCGAGGUAUGAUAGAGCUCAUGGGGCAGGGAGAGAGAGGACCUAGUAGCAAUCAGCGAAGAGGCGGGGCCAGGAGCUGUGACUCGACCCCUGCAACCACAAAUAGGUGAGUACACACACACACACAUAAACAUGCACGCACGCACCUACACACGCAGACCCACACCUACAGAGUGCAAAGCUUUGCAACAAGUCUAGUCCCAGAGCUAAGGAGAUAGCCGUACGUAGAAAGGUUAAGGCAAAUCGGCCUGACGACACUGGAGGACAGAAAGGUUAGGGGAGACAUGAUAACGACAUACAGAAUACUGCGAGAAAUAUAUACAGGAUGUUUCAGAGAUGGGACACAGCAACAAGGGGUCACAGUUGGAAGUUGAAGACUCAGAUGAAUCAUAUGGAUGUUAGAAGUAUUUCUUCAGUCACAGAGUUGUCAGGAAGUGCAAUAGUCUGAGAAGUGAUGUAGUGGAGGCAGGAUCCAUACAUAGCUUUAAGAAGAGGUAUGAUAAAGCUUAUGGAGCAGGAAGUGUGACCCAGUAGCGACCAGUGAAGAGGCGGGGCCAAGAGUUAUGACUCGACGUCUGCAACCACAAUUAGGAGGACCCGCUCGUUGAAUGCUCCCUCACCCAUCCAGCAGUUCGGCCCGUGUGGCCGGAUCAUGCGCAACUCUGCUAUGGUCAUGACAAUCCAGGACCCUGCGAGCCAGCGUCUGACGUGGUACAAGCCACCUCUCUCUGUGCUGGUCAUUAAGAAGGUCAGAGACGCCCAGGUCAUCCAACCCUUCAUCCAGCUCGUCAAGUGGCUCACAGUCGAAAAGAGAAUGUUGGUGUUUGUGGAAGCAUCAGUGAUGGAGGACAGCUUGGUCACAAGUCACUCUGGGUUCCCUAUACUGAAAGAUAAGCUCAUGAGCUUUAGGGAAGGACAGGAUGAUCUCACUGACAAAAUUGACUUCAUUAUAUGCCUAGGUGGUGAUGGAACUCUACUAUAUGCUUCCUCACUUUUUCAGCAAAGUGUACCACCAGUGAUGGCAUUCCAUCUGGGUUCUCUUGGUUUUCUCACGCCUUUCAAAUUCGAUAACUUUCAAGAUCAGGUGACUCAUGUUUUAGAAGGCCAUGCUGCAUUGACGCUCCGAUCACGUCUACGUUGUAUUAUACUACGUAAAGACCAAGAGACAGGCAAGACUGGUCGCCCCCCAACGAACUUGUUAGUGCUUAAUGAGGUGGUUAUUGAUCGUGGUCCAUCACCAUACCUAUCCAAUAUAGACCUUUAUCUUGAUGGCAAACGCAUUACUUCAGUACAAGGCGAUGGUCUUAUAGUGUCUACCCCCACUGGAAGUACAGCAUAUGCUGUAGCUGCUGGGGCUUCUAUGAUUCAUCCCUCUGUUCCUGCCAUCAUGCUGACACCUAUCUGUCCACAUUCUUUAUCCUUCAGACCAAUUGUAGUACCUGCAGGAGUUGAACUUAAGAUUGCAGUAUCUAGAGACAGCAGAAAUACAGCGUGGGUAUCCUUUGAUGGAAGGAAAAGGCAAGAGCUUUUUCACGGGGAUAGCCUCCGUGUUACUACCUCCAUAUAUCCUGUUCCUUCAAUCUGUGCUGAAGAUCAGAUUGCAGACUGGUUUGCUUCCCUUGACGAAUGCCUACGCUGGAAUGAUCGCAAACGCCAAAAGCACUUUGACGAUCCAGAGGACUUGAGCCCUACUGACCUCACCUCUGACCUUACUCAUUCUUCAAGUUCAGAUACACUUGACUCACUCAGUGAGAGAAAUGAGGGCUGUGAUAAUUAGGUAUGCUGUUAUUGUUGUGCAAAACAUAAUUAACCCUUUCAGGGUCGACAGGCCCUCUCCCAGACUUGUUCUCAGGGUUUACAAAUUUCAAAAAAAAAAAAAAUAUUUUUCCUUAUGAGAAGAUAGAGAAUCUUUUCCCGAUCAUAAUGACACCAAAAGUAUGAAAUUUGAUGGAGAACUUACGGAAUUAUGCUCUCGCGAAGUUAGCGGUCUCGACGAUGUUUAAGCAUCAGCGAUUUUGCCCACUUUGAGCCCUAUUUUCGACCAAUUCCAGUGUACUAGUCGACAAAAAUCAUAACUAUUUCGCUAGAACUCCAUUUUUUCUAUUGAAUGAGUACAAAACCCACCCAUUUACCGAUUUCAACUAUCCAAUAAAGUGGUCAGAAUUUAGCAAUUUUGCCAAUUUCACACAAAUUUCAAAAGAUGCCAAUUUCCAAAUAGGGUCCAGAAUAAACAAGAAAGACAUUCCUGGCACUAAAAUAACAUUUCCUCUGUUCAUUAGUCAUGCUGUAUAGCCCUUGUGGCUUAGCGCUUCUUUUUGAUUAUAAUAAUAAUGUUCAUUAGUCAUGUCCCCAUGCCCCUCUUACAUUCUUUUGCUUUCCACUUUGAAUUUUUAUUCUCACAAAAAAUAGAAGAUUUACUCUUAUGCAGACUACUGCAUUAGUGUAGAAAUGGUAUAAAUAAUAUCAGCGCACUUGGGAAAGAAUAUUAGACUUACCAGUUGACGUGUAUUGAUUUGUUUACUUUUGAACUUUGGCAAAAAUCGAAGAUUUCUGCUACUUUGAGCUCAAUUUCAAGGUACUUUUCAUUGUAAAACCAAUCAUAUCUUCCAUUCUAUAAAAUGAGACCAGGAAAACUAGAAUACCAUCAUAAAUACCAUACGAAAAUACAGUGCAAAGUCGCUGUUUUAAACCAAAAACACUGUCAAAGUUUUUUUUUCUCAUUACGCACUGUGCUGCAGGAUUUUUUUUAUACUGUGCACACUGACCACAUAGACCCAUUCUUUCAUAUGUAGGCCUACCAGCUUUUUCUCACUAGAUUUGAGGGCGCUAGAAUUUAGGUGUACUAGUACGUCAGAAACCCUGAAAGGGUUAACAGUUGGUGCAUUGUGGUAUAUUUAUUACUUAAAUUGUAUAAUCUGCCUUAGCAGCUGUCAAAUUUCAAAGCCAUUGAUUAUUACACUAACUAAAUACUGAAGAUGGGAAAUCUCAAUCUUAGCUGAGCUAGAGCUAAAAAUAAUUAAUCAUUGGUCUUGUUAAGUUAGACAGUUUCCCUUGCAUGUGAAGGUUCAUCUUUUUUUACUUCGAUUCACAGUACAGUAUGUCUAUUUAAACUCAGGAACACACACAUUCACACAGCUUAAGUGAAUCACAAUUUAUUGGAGAAAAAGAUGACAGAUAAAUGUACUUUUCAUCUGGAUUUUUUAUUCUUAAAUAUAGUAGGGCCUUACUUAAAUGGCAGGUUAUGUUCCAGGCUACUGCCAUAAAGUGGAACACCAUUUUUUUUUUUUCCCCAUUUAUAAAAUGCCAGAUAAGUUUACAUUAACAUAUAUUAAGUUAGCAAUAGAAAUAGACAUUAAAAAACAAUAAAAAGUAAAAUACACACACAGUACACUCAUUACUUACCUUCAAAUAUUUGUAGUCUUAAUAAUGGGUGAAAGGUGAGUAUUAAUUAUAGAAAGUGAGGUGUAGUAGCUUGCCACCUACCACACUUACACCAGAUAUACGACUUAAAUUUAAAGCGCCCCAAAGCAAUUAUUAUAUUUAUUAUUAUUAUUGCCAUCAACAUACCUUGUUCACUGAGUUUAAUAAUUUCUGAAUAAACUUAAUAAUGCAGAAGUCAGGAAGGAGUCACUGGGUCAGAAUAAACACGUAUUAAUACCUGUCCACUUUUAGUUCAGACAUGUAGUGGCAUGAGUUUGAGAAGCAUUUACCCCUACAGUACAAACACACAUAGCGUUAGUGCAGUAGAAUAAAUAAAUAGCUACCAGUGAAGGCAUAUGAAAGGAAUAAUUUUCUACAGUUACCCCCAAUAAUACCAGUGUGUACAUACUUUCUCUGGUGUUGGACUAGAGAAAACAUAAUUCUCUCCAUCACUCCUACAAGCCGCCUGGUAACCACAUCUUGUAUUUGUCAGUUUAUGCUGUUGUGGUUGUAUGUAGCGUGUUUCUUUUAUAACUUUGAAAAAAUAUCAGACGGAUUAAUGAAAAUGUCUAUAUUAACAUAAUAUACAACAUUUAAUGUAUCCCAGUAUGUAUUAGUAUUAUCAUAAUUAUUUUGGCGUCAAGACUAGUGAGACACUUAGUGAUUUUAAUGUGUACCUGCACACCA